CAAGAGGCAUCCCCCACAGCCGCCCCCAGACCGAGCCCCGCUUCCCGGGACCGAGGCGCCCCCAACCCCGCAGCCACAGCACGUGCCCCAUCCCGGCGCAGCGGAACCCCGGCCCGUGCCCGGCGCCGCCCUCCUGGGCGGCCGCCAUUGGCUGCGCCGUCGGCUCCGGCCCACCCGUUGCCUCCUGUUGCCGGCUACCCCAUUUUCUCCGAGCCUCACGGGGCCCCGCACUGGCUCUGGGCGACCCCAGGGGCGUGGCGCGCGCAGAGCGGCGCCGGGGGCGGGGCCUCGCGCAGGGCGCCCAGGGAUUGGCCGCGGGAAACAAGGGGUGGGGCCGGCCCCGGAGAAAACAGCGCGCGCGCAGCCCUGCUGCAGUCCCAGCCUGGAACCCGAGCCAGCCGGAGUCUCCCGCCGCGCCCGCUCCGGGGCUUUUUUUCUUUUUCUUUCUUUCUUUUUUUUUUAAUACCGCGGAGCCCCCUGCCCGGUCCACCAGCCCGCUCCUGCGUAGCGCGAGCCUCUUCCUGUCUCGCAGGUCCCGUCCCGCGCGCUGAAGCCCCUGCCGAAGCGGCGAUGCGCCUCAUUCAGAACAUGUGCACUAUCGCCGAGUACCCCGCCCCGGGCAGCGUAGCCGCCGCCGAUUGCUGCCUGGGGGCGGCGGGCCGCCGCCUGGUCAAGAUCGCUGUGGUGGGCGCCAGUGGCGUGGGCAAGACAGCUCUGGUGGUCCGGUUCCUCACCAAACGAUUCAUCGGUGACUAUGAAAGAAAUGCAGGUAAUCUCUAUACCAGACAAGUCCAAAUAGAAGGUGAAACCCUGGCUAUUCAGGUUCAAGACACUCCAGGUAUUCAGGUCCACGAGAACGGCCUGAGCUGCACCGAGCAGCUGAAUAGAUGCAUCCGCUGGGCAGACGCUGUGGUGAUCGUCUUCUCCAUCACCGACUACAAGAGCUACGAACUCACUGGCCCGCUCCACCAGCACGUGCAGCAGCUGCACCCGGGCACUCGGCUGCCUGUGGUCGUCGUGGCCAACAAGGCCGACCUGCUGCACAUCAGGCAGGUGGACCCUCAGCUUGGACUGCAGCUGGCCAGCAUGCUGGGCUGCUCCUUCUACGAGGUGUCUGUCAGCGAGAACGACAACGACGUCUACAGCGCUUUCCACGUGCUGUGCAAGGAAGUGAGUCACAAACAGCAGCCCAGUGGCACGCCAGAGAAGCGACGGACCUCCCUCAUCCCCAGGCCCAAGUCCCCCAACAUGCAGGACCUGAAGAGGAGGUUCAAGCAAGCGCUCUCUGCCAAAGUCAGGACUGUCACCUCUGUCUGACGCCGAGCUGCUCGAGGGGGUUUGGUCUUCCCGGGAAGAGGCCCGAGGUUCUGCAGGAAUGUUGGAUGCUGGCCGUUAUUCAUGGUUCCAGGAAGGGCUGGAGCAGAGGGGCCAGGAGGGCCCAUGGAACUGCUGCAGACGAGGAAGCGUUGUCCUGAGCAGGGGGAAAGAACUGAUGCAGCUUGAACGAGCCCACUGCCACCCUCCGAAUACGUGAAACAUCCUCCAUGUCUUUUCCUCCGGAGUGGGGACGGGGCACGAUCACUGGGGAUUUUGUUAACUACCUUGUAAAUGACAGUCAGUUGUAAUUUCAGCCAAUAUAUUGAUGUGAUUUACGUUGGGAAUGAAAGAAUGGAUUAAGCAUUCACAGGCUUUCCUCUUUUUUUUUUUCUUCUUUCUUUCUUCUCCUUUUUUUUUUUUUUUUCCCUCCUCCCAAGAGGAAGAAUUGCUUUUCUUACGCGAGUAUAUGUGUCUCUGGAAUACGCUUCCUUAUAGAAUGCCCUUCUAACCUGAAGGAUACCCAGAUUUCUUUUUCUUUUAAAGAACAAGGAGAAAAUACUACCCCACCCCACUAAAAAGGGUGGAGUUUAUGGGCCGAAUGUUAUAUAUACAGACGUGUGUAAGCUUAUGGGCCUGCAUCCUCCUGCCAUGGGGUGAGUAUGCUGAGUUGGGUACGUGUUGAGUGGUUGAGAACACAAACUCUUCAGCCCCAGACUUUGAGUAAUUGUGAGACUGUAUAAUUUUUUUUUUUUAAUCGUUGCAUCAGGUACAGAAAAACAAAGUGUGUCCAUUUAUUUUGGUCUGAUUUGUGUAAACACAGCAAUGACGCUGGGUUGUUUCUAGACCUGGCCGAGUUGUGGCUUAACUAUGGAAACACUAUCUUAAAGCGAGUGAACAGAUGCAGGGGUGACCGCCAAAUCUCCUACACAGAUGCACUUUAAAAAGCCACUCAUGCUUUUGGCUUAAACUGUAAUUAAUUUAUUUUAUGUACAAUAAAGCUCAUUUUAAAAGAG